UCACAAGCAGAGAGUGAGCACAGUUAACACACAAACACACACCAGUCCGAGGCUGGAAGAAACCACAUCAGGAGCUGAGGCGCACUGACAAACCUUAAAGGAACCAGCAAGAUGCAGACCGAAACAAAGUGUGAAGACAUCAGACAUCAGAGCAGGCUGAGGGCUGGAUAAUUAAGACAGAGCAACAACGAUGAGCGACUGAUCUGCUGUUUCCAACCUGUCAGAGAAGUUUAAAGGAGUGCUGCUCUCAUGGCAGGACCGACCCCAGCGGAGCCUUUGAAGACCCAGCAGAAGUGCAUCGCCAUCUUUGCACUUCUGUGCUGCUUUGCUGUGCUCAUGGCACUGAUCUUCUCUUCAGUGGACAUUUGGGGAGACGAUGAGGAUGGAAUCACGGAGGAAAACUGCAGCAGGAACUGCCAUAUCGUGCUCAUGGAGAACAUCCCAGAUGACCUCUCUCUCCCCGUGGACGGCAGACCUCACCUUCCUCUCUCUGCUGGCUUUCACACACUGUUGGACCAGGCGAAGUACUCAGUUGAGGUGGUGUCACCUGUCUGGGACUUAAACUCCUGGGACCUGGAACCAAAACCAAGCACUGCCAAACAGGGUCAGCUUUUGUUCCAGAGAUUGCUCAGCCUGAAAUCUCACGGGGUUAAGCUGAAGAUUGCCAGCAGCCUGACAAACUCUACUGAGCUGAAAACCUUGGCAGCACACAGUGCAGAGGUUCAUUUUGUUAAUAUGACAGCUCUUACCAGAGGAGGACUACAUUCCUCAUUCUGGGUAGUGGAUCGGAAGCACAUUUACAUCGGGAGCGCUGAUAUGGACUGGAGGUCACUCUCCAAGAGGAAAGAACUGGGGGUGUUGGUGUAUAACUGCAGCUGUCUGGCUCUGGACCUCCACCGAGUCUUUUCAUUCUACUGGCAGCUCCACGAAAAGGACUACAUCCCCUCCAUCUGGUCGAAGAGAGUUACAGCUCUCUACGGGAGGCACGACGCCCUGGAGCUGGAGCUCAACGCCACCGCGGCUACUGCUUACGUGUCUACCUCUCCUGAAAUUUUCUGUGCCAAAGAUCGCACCAGAGAUGUAGAUGCCAUCUAUCAAGUCAUCCAGAGUGCGAAGACAUUUAUCUUCAUAUCUGUGACCGACUACCUCCCUCUGGUGAGCAGGAGAUUCAGAGGAACCUCUGUCACAAGGUAUUGGUCGCUUAUUGAUGAGGUGAUCAGAGAGGCUGUGGUACUGAGAGGAGUCAGAGUUCGUCUGCUUAUAAGCUUCUGGAAGAAGACUCACCCCCUCACCUUUAACUUUGUGGCCUCCCUCAAGUCGCUGUGCAUGCAGCUUCACAACUGCUCCCUGGAGGUGAGGUUUUUUAGUCACAAGGAGCAAAAGGACGACAGUCAACACGGACUCAACAACAACAAGUAUAUGGUGACCGACAAUGCUGUUUACAUUGGGAACCACGACUGGGUCGGGAGCGACUUUGCUAUUAAUGCAGGAGUCGGCCUGGUGGUUAAGAUGAAAGGAAGUCUCAAAGACAGAGGAGUGACGGUUCUAGAGCAGCUCAAAGCUGCUUUUGAAAGAGACUGGAGAUCACGUUACGCUAAGAACCUACAAGGAAGCAAAGAUCAGCAGGGAAAAUACAGACACAUGCAGCAGCUGAAAAAUCCUAUGGAAACCAAGGAGAAAAACGAGAGGAGUUACCCUUUAUCUUUAUAAGCACAGAAUGUCCUUCUAUAUCCUAAAGCCUUGUAAGCCUGAAUACUCUGGAUGUGCAAACAUGUACACAAAUAUGAAUGUAAACCUACACUAUUAGACUUGACCUUGUGACCUUAUCGUAAUAGAUUCAGUUUUAGUCAACAAAGACCACGUUUAAGCCAAAUAAUAGCAUUUAACUAAUUAAUUAACUGUUGACUGUUAUAUGAGCAUGAACUGCUGCAUGAAUAUUGAAAGCAAUAUUCAGAUACAAACUAUAUACUGGGACAAGUAAUAUGAUGAUUACAAAAACAAUAUGCUCUGUAUGUGAAAUCUGUAAACAUCCCAUCAAAUUCACUAAAACGGUUUACAUUUAGUAUUUAAAAAUGAUUUUUGUUUACAGUUUUAAUUUGUAUUUUAUAAACUUUUUUUAUUUAUUUUCAUUGCAUUUAGGAGGUUUAAUGGUACAAUGCAUUGCCUGCAACUUUAUUUAAAUCCAUUCCUGGCAUGAAACGUACAUUCUUUUGCAGUAGUUUUAACAUCUGUUUGCCAUCUCAUUGAAAUUUUUCAUCUGUCUUUAUAAAAUGUGUCUUUUUCCUAA